AUGUCAUCAACCCCAGAUUCAAUUCCACCUCUUACAAUAUCCCAGCAACAGCUGCACAGCAUCAUGAAGCGAGUAAAAUGCUGCACCGCAUGUCGCCGCCGACACAGAAAAUGCGUCACUCAGCCUGGAGCCUCUCAAUGCGGCACGUGUCUAGAGUCGGGGCAGGAAUGUCGCUUUGAGAAUGACAUUCGGUUCAAACACACUCACUCAGAAACACAGAAGGAAUCUGGGCGGAAGUGGGCAAAGGUUCCCCAAAAGAUUUCUUUCACGACACCCCGAGGGAUUGAUGGCAAGGUACCCGAGGAAGCGGACGCGAGACCGGAGGCGAAUGAGUCAGUGACACAGCCGAUAUCAGAAGGGAUGAUGGAAAUAUCGAUAGACGACACCAUCCAGUCCCAAGCGGAAGAGGUGUUCAGCUAUUGGGAGUCGCCCUCAAAUCUCAUCACCGACUCCCCAAUUGAUCAGAACAUGACCCCAGCAUAUCAAGCAGAGACUCCAUCACUCCCACGAGCAUCCAUCCCCUUUAUUCUCGACCCGCAAGGGUCUUCGCCACAUGUCACUACCCAAGACUUGACCUUACAAGUUCACAGUCAGGAUCCCUUUGAGUUGACAGAACGAGAAGCCUUUCUCUUCAUGACCUACAUCCACAAACUCGCACCUCUUUCGGACGCAUGCGACGACGCCCGCCAUUUCGCCCUCGAAGUCCCCCGUCUCGCCCUCCACCAACCAAUGAUAAUGAACGGUCUCCUCGCCCUCGCAAGCCGCUACGACUCCCGCUGCACCAACACCUCCUCCGACAUCGAAAGCACAUUCUAUCACAACAAGUGCAUAAAACUCCUCAUCGAAGCUUUCGCUCAACCGCCUGAGACCUGGGAUUCAACGCUCCUCACUGCCGUAGUGAUCGCGCGCUUGUAUGAGGAGAAUGAUAAUGAGACGGAUUCUUACUAUCAUCAUCUCAGUGGAACGCAGAACUUGUUGAAUCAUGAAGUCAUCGCGAGGUUUGUUAUGCAAGGUGGAUUAGCGGAAGCGGCGAGUUGGGUUCAUCUGCGUCAAGCUAUUUAUGUGUAUGUUGUGCGCAGGGAACCGCUGGAGAUAUGUCUUGAGAAUUUUGAGAGAUCGACGGUGUUUCGGAGAUCUGAUGAUUCGGCGUAUGCGAACAGGGCGGUUUAUAACUUUGCCAAGCUCAUGAGACUAUUUCUCCCAAUGGACAGUCCGGUUGGGGAGUGGGGAGCAGCCGAGGGGGAGAUCGAGGAAUGCGGACAUUUCAAGUGA